AUGAGCUCAGGUGACAAUGCAAACGGUUGGUCUGGUCAGGCCAGCGAUACCGUCCCACUUAUCAUCAAUGGGAAGGAUGUCAUCUCAAAAACAUCGUUUCCUGUAAAUAGCCCUUCCAACUCGGACAAGAUCUGGAGUGGUUCAUCUGCCUCGAUCGGUGACGCAACCGGGGCCGUCGAGGCAGCCCAAGCGGCUUUCACGUCGUGGUCUCAGACAAAGCCGAGUAUUAGAAGGGACAUCAUGUUCCGGGCCGCAGAUCUCUUUGUCAGCAGAAAGGAAGAAUUGUUUGCCUACCAGAGCCAGGAGACGGGUGCGGGGCGGCAAUUUAUGGAGAUCAACAUCAACGCUACGGCGCAGAUCCUGAGGGACAUCGGAGGAAGAAUCGAAGCGGCAGUUGAAGGUUCGGUUCCUGCGACAGCUGACCAGGGGUCCCACGCCAUUGUAGUCAAGGAACCAUAUGGCGUUGUUCUCGCAAUUGCCCCAUGGAAUGCCCCCUACGUGCUCGGGGCACGAUCAAUUGCGUUUGCCCUCGCAACGGGAAACACAACAGUUCUCAAGGGUUCCGAGCUAAGCCCGCGCGUCUUCUGGGCAAUUGGCGACAUUUUUCGACAGGCUGGCCUACCAGACGGUUGCCUCAACGUCAUCUAUCAUCGAACGGCAGAUGCGGCUGCCGUGACAGAAGCCUUGAUUGCGCAUCCCGCAAUUAAAAAGAUCAAUUUUACUGGCAGUACUCUCGUCGGAAGCAUCAUCGCCAGUUUGGCGGGGAAGCACGUCAAGCCACUUUUGCUUGAGCUGGGUGGGAAAGCGAGUGCCAUUGUCCUCAAGGACGCCGACGUGAAGAAGGCCGCGACAAGUUGCGCUGUGGGCGCAUUUAUCCACGGCGGUCAGGUAUGCAUGUCGACGGAGCGCAUUCUUGUGCACAGAUCGAUUAGUGACGAGUUCAGCGCGGCACUCAAAAAGGCCACGCAGGGGCUCUUCGGGCCCGAGAAGCCGCCGUUCGUGCUAGGUCUCGUCGCCGACGCGCUCGCCAAGGGCGCGACGACCCUCUUGGGCAACGCGGAGUCUGUCGAGGACCAGCCUACCAAGAUGAGACCCGUCAUCGUCUCCAACGUGUCCAAGGAAAUGGAUAUCUAUCACACCGAGUCUUUCGGGCCUACCGUGUCCCUCAUGACCUUCGACACGGAGGAGGAGGCUCUCGCGAUCGCCAAUGACACCGACUACGGGCUCUCGGGAGCUGUCUUCUCCGAAGACCUGAAAGCCGCCAUGAGGGUCGCCAGGAAGUACGAAUCUGGGGCGGUCCACAUCAACUCCAUGACCGUGCACGACGAGGCGUCGCUGGUGCACGGCGGGGCCAAGAAGAGUGGCUACGGUAGAUUCAAUGCCGCGCAAGGGCUAGCCGAGUUUCUGAGGUACAAGACAAUCACUUGGAGGGAGAUACGCAGACACCGAGCAAAGCCCGAAGCCCAUCGAGUAUGUCUAUGCUGGCAGCAUCUUGUAAAAGAUGUCAUCGUCCGCCAUACCAGAAACUUUCAUCACGGCCUUGGCAACAGAAAGUCGUCUGGCUUUCGAGGCAGGCGUCGCAACAAUUCCCACCCUGGAGCUUCUCGUCCAAAGGCAUCAAAGAACGGCUCUGCGCGAGCAUCGCCUGCCACCACGACGGCCCGAGGACAGCAAAAUCGUCACUCAGAAGGAGUCAACGACGCCAUCGAGGAACGCGACGAGUCUCCGACCAACAAUGAGGUAGACGGAUCUCAGAGCAGUCAGGCCAACUCGCUGGACAUCGCCAUGCCCUCUCAACCUGACAUUUUCCCUGCCUAUCUUUCAGGGAGUCCUCUAGAAUUCAAUGCUUCCUUCAUGGACCCCGAGCUCGUCAACCCCAACCUAUCCGCCAUGUUCGAUCUCGACGCGCUUCUGGCGGAUGCCCAAGGACUUUUUGGCGAAGUCCCAAGCUGCAAUGCCCCGGAACUACCGAUUCUAGCCUUGGAGCCACCGAUGCCGAGGCCAGCCACUCUUGGCCAGGCAGACAAAACUUCUGCCCCGCGCAACCUAGUCCCCAACGACAACAAAUGUGAGAAUGCAUGGGCCAACCUCACCAAAUAUCCGGUCCACAUACUCGCUUCGCUUCGUUUUCCUUCCAAAUAUGCCGUGAGGCGGUUUGUCAAGGCCUUUCUCAAGCACAUUGCUCCUCAUAUACCCAUCAUACACGAGCCGACCUUUGACAUCGCUACAACGCCAUCUCCCCUUCUCCUUGCUGUAAUGGCUUGCAGCGCCGCAUAUCUCGGUGAACACUCCACGUCUCAAUCGAUGCAUGCGAUCUCCGUACAACUUGUUUUCGAGGACCAGCAUGAACGGAUGAUUGCAUUCAGCAAGGCCGACCCCGAGACUCUGACCUGGAUGCUACAGACAUAUUUGCUCCUGGCCUAUUUUGAGAUUCACUGCGGCUCGGAGGGCAAGAGAGCCCACGCGUUUCCUCAUUGCGUCAAGCUUACACAAGAAGCACUCAGCGAGCUGCAGACGUGCCCGCCCACCACGUAUAAGGAUUGGGUGCGUUGGGAGAGUUUAAAUAGGUGUAUCGCAUCUACGAUUCUCAUAGGUGCCACUGUCUGCUCAAAGGAACAGGAAGCGUGGAUUCCAACACCUAUGGUCGAAGCCAGAUUUGCCCUCCCGUCAAGCAAUGCAGAGUGGCUAAAAGAAGAGUCCAGCUGGGGCAUCCCCACUGAAGUUUUAUACAGCAAUGAUGCGUUGGACAGCAUCAUUGCCGGCCAACCACCAUCCAUGCCAGUCAGCGAAUUCGGUCUUGUAACCAUCGUAUCUGCCCUUCUCUACAGGAUCUGCUCAUUCGAGCUACUGACAGGCUCCCGUGACGGGGAACUCUAUGCUAAAUUCGGCAAGAAGAUGGAACUGUCAUUGCAGGUACUAGAUGCAAUCCUGAAGACUCGUACGGGCCAAGAUGACGCUGGACUGGCCCCGAAUCCCACCGUCCACUGCGCCAGAUCCUUGCUGAACUCAGCUUUCUACCAUCUUUACGCUAGCGUUCCGCUGUCUGCCAUGAAGAAGUUACUCUGGUCGCCUGCCAGCCUCGAUGAUCCUGAGAUCAUGCACCUCUUAAACGAGGCGAUCUCACCUGAACUCUACCGGGCACUCUUCAAUGCAGCAGAUCAGCUAAGAUCCGACUGCCGCGUGGGUUUAUCUUAUAUUAGAAAAAUAGCACCGAUAAUAUUCGGGCCUGAAAGUGCGGUCGGCGCCUUAGAGGGCUGCCUCCUCCUGUGCUGGUACCUUCAAUUUGCGCAAUCUCGUGUAUCACAGAUAGAGUCACGCGAUCUUCUCAACGCGUUGAUAAAUGAGAGUUUUGCAGAAGUCACCGACCUGCAAUUUGAGGAUCAUGGCCUACAAUCAGUCUUACCGCUUGCCGUGUCAGCAGAGCUUCUCUCGGAUGGCUCAAUGUGGAAGUGGCCUUCUUCUGUGUCACAAAAGCUGAAAUCAUUAAUCAAGAAAUUGGAGGAUUCGGACACUACUAUACACGUUGCAACGGCCUACCCUUGA